CAACUAUCGCUUUACGUAAACGACGAGAACUCAGUUUGAUGUUUUCCUUUUCGUUUUUAUCACAACCAAAUUGAUUUGUCAAAUAAAUUUUUGUCCAAAACAUCAACUUUGAAGCCAUAGAAAUUCCAACUUUUACUGCAAAUGUUUCUUACCAGAAUGGUCAGCGGUUUUAUUUGCUCCAAAAACUCAAACAAAAAUGCAAACAAUUCCAACCAACAACAACAGCAUGCGUCAACACAACAACAGGGUCAACAUGCCAAGUCGCCGAAAUUACAUAAGAAGACAGAGAAAGGAAAACGUUCCUUAUCGAAGACCGAUUCGAAGAAGUCCAUAAAUGAUUUGUUGAAGACACAAGGUAAAGAGACGGUGGAAAGACCCAGCAAUAGCAGUUGUUGUAACAGUAAUUACAACAGCAGCAGUAAUAGCAACAGCAACAAAGAGGCGCCUAGCACUUCGAAGUCAACCUUAAAGCCGCCAACGAAAGUGAAAUCGGGUAGUUGGAAGCGUUCCGAAAAGCAAAUAUCCAGUUAUAAUGGCAUUUCCGUUGCCGGUAAGAAGUCGAAAUCGCUACGUAAGCGCUCGCCGACGUGGUUGAAGUUCCCCAAUACACCGGUGAAGAUUGCUGAGAAGGUGACCUAUGUGAGUCCCGCUGAUUCCACGUCGGUUUGUCGGCCGGGUACGCUCUAUUCAGAUGUGCUAUUCGGCGCUGGCUCCUCCUGUCUGGUGAAAAUCAAAACACUCACACCACGCCGUACCGCGAAUACCGCACAGAAGAAGCUUACGAAAGCACUGCUCAAGUGCAAUGGAAAUGAGACUGAAGCCGCUUCGGCAAGUGAAACUGAGACAGAUCGUGAACUCUUUCCCAGUCUGAAUAGUGGCGCUGUGACAGCCUCCACAAGUGCGAACGCUACAACUUCCACACCGCCAGAUGGUAGUCCACGCAAGAGUAACACGCCCCUUUCGGCGACCGGUUCACCUAUGUCUAUGUCGGCAACAUCGGAAUCGACAAUCACCAGCACAACGAAUGCCAGCAAAUCGACGCUCAGCGAUCCUGCUUUGCCGCUGAUUGUCACGCUGCCUAAAUGCGAUGAUGACGCGGAUGUUGUGAUACUCUCCGAAGCGAAUGGUGUUUGCGGCGCGGCUGAGAAUGGUUUCAACGAUGUUUCGUAUGGCAAUUAUUUGGAACAGCAUUUCAAACAAAUGAACGGUGCCGCCACCACCUUGAUGGGACCCAAAGCGUUAGUUACAAAUAUGGGUGCCGUGGAGCAUGACACAUGUGAAGGCGCAAAUCUCGAUGCUGGCACCAUCGUACAGCCCGACAUGACGCUAAGUGGGUUUCCACACAUGCCUGCGAAACCCUUCACUAUCGACAUACCGCAAUGGAAUUUUCUGGAUGCCGAUGUCAGCACAGAUGCAUAUCCGAAAUUUCUCUGUCAAUUCGAAGACGAACACUAUCUGAAGGCAGAGAAAAUGGCACUAUUGGGUCUGAAGUUAGCAUUGGGCAAUGGUAGCUCUAAUCCGCAGCAAGCCAAGUUCAAAUUUUGAGUAGAAAUAGCAAUAUGAGCGAAUUGUUAUAAUUUUAUUUAGUCCUAACAUUUUUUAUAAUAAAUAAUAACAAGAAAUGUGUA